AUGAAGCAGCUGCCGCCGCAGCCGCCUCCGAAGAUGGGGGAUUUCUACGACCCCGAGCACCCGACCCCUGAGCUCUCUUGGCUGGAUGGCAAUAGAGAAGAAGAAAAUGAGGCAAAGAUUGAAAAUGUGCAGAAAACAGGUUUCUUCAAAGGACCAAUGUUCAAAGGUGUUGCUUCUAGUCGAUUUUUACCUAAAGGCACCAAGACAAAAGUUAAUUUGGAGGAACAGGGACGACAAAAGGUGUCUUUCAGCUUCAGCCUUACAAAGAAAACUUUGCAGAAUAGGUUUCUGACUGCACUUGGCAAUGAAAAGCAAAAUGAUACUCCAAACUCCCCAGCUGGACCUCUUCAAGUAGACUUGACUCCUAAAAUAAAAAUGGACAUUGGAGAUACCUUAUCUAUUACAGAAGAAUCUUCCCCACCAAAAUCAAGGGUAGAAUUGGGCAAAAUUCAUUUUAAGAAACACCUGCUUCACGUGACGUCCAGGCCACUGCUGACUACAGCUACAGCAGUGGUGUCUCCACCUCCUCCAGUAGUACCAUUACCAGCAGUCAUAGCAGAAUCAACAACUGUAGAUUCACCACCCUCUUCUCCACCUCCACCACCUCCACCUCCCCAGGCCACGACACCCUCACCACCAGCACCAGUAACAGAGCCAGUGGCCUUGCCACACACACCAAUCCCAGUUCUGAUGACAGCACCGGUAGAUGUAGCAGUUAGAAUACUGAAGGAACCACCAGUUACGACUGUACCAGAAUCUUCAGACGUGGACACUAAGCAGGACGCUGUAUCUAAUAGUUCAGAAGAACACAUAACUCAAAAUUUGAAUGAGCAAGCAGAUACUCCCUCACAAAAAGAAGAUUCCCAUAUUGGGAAGGAAGAAGAAAUUCCAGAUAGUUCUAAGAGUAAUCUGGGCUCUAAAAAAACAGGUUCUAAGAAGAAAUCCUCACAAUCCGAAGGCACCUUUCUUGCUUCAGAAUCUGAUGAAGAUUCUGUACGGACUUCUUCAAGUCAAAGAUCACACGAUUUAAAAUUUUCAGCAAGCAUUGAAAAGGAAAGAGAUUCAAAAAAGAGCUUAGCACCUUUAAAAAGUGAGGAUUUAGGGAAAUCUUCACGAUCUAAAACAGAGAGAGAUGAUAAAUAUUUUAGCUACUCAAAACUUGAAAGAGAUACUCGGUAUAUAUCUUCUCGAUGUAGAUCAGAGAGAGAGCGAAGGCGGAGCAGAUCUCGCUCAAGAUCUGACAGAGGCUCUAGAACUAGUUUAUCCUAUUCCCGGUCGGAACGAUCCCAUUAUUAUGACUCUGAUCGUCGCUACCAUCGGAGUUCCCCUUACCGAGAGAGGGCUCGCUAUUCUCGGCCAUAUACAGAUAACAGAGCUCGGGAGAGUUCUGACUCAGAAGAGGAGUAUAAGAAGACCUACUCAAGGCGCACCUCAUCCCAUUCCUUCUCUUACAGAGACCUAAGGACAUCGUCAUCCUAUUCUAAAUCUGAUCGGGACUGCAAAACUGAGUCCUCUUACUUAGAGAUGGAGAAAAGAGGAAAGUAUUCUUCAAAAGUAGAAAGAGAAUCCAAAAGGACUUCAGAAAAUGAAGCAAUGAAAAGAUGUUGUUCUCCCCCUAAUGAACUGGGAUUCCGACGGGGCUCAUCCUAUUCCAAGCAUGAUAACAGUGCUUCCCGUUACAAAUCUGCCCUUUCAAAGUCUGUAUCCAAGUCCGAUAAAUUUAAGAAUUCUUUCUGUUGUACAGAAUUAAAUGAGGAAAUCAGAUCAUCUCAUUCUUUUAAUUUACAGGCUCCUUGUUCAAAAGGUAGUGAAUUAAGAAUGAUUAGUAAAAUUCCUGAAAGAGAAAAGACUGGGUCUCCAUCACCAUCAAAUCGAUUAAAUGAUUCACCUACUUUUAAAAAGCUAGAUGAAUCCCUUAUUUUUAAAUCUGAACUUAUAGGACAUGAUAGCCAUGAUAGUAUUAAGGAAUUAGACUCUUUAUCUAAAGUGAAGAAUGAUCAGUUAAGAAGUUAUUGUCCCAUAGAAUUAAAUAUAAAUGGAUCUCCUGGGGCAGAAUCUGAUUUGGCAACAUUUUGCACUUCUAAAACUGACACUGUUUUGAUGUCUUCUGAUGAUAGUGUGACCGGAUCAGAGGUAUCCCCUUUGGUCAAAGCAUGCAUGCUUUCAUCAAAUGGAUUUCAGAAUAUUAAUAGAUGUAAAGAGAAAGACUCAGACAAUACGUGCAUGCUGCGUAGUAAGUCAGGAAGCCCAUUUAGAGAAACAGAACCUACAGUGUCGCCACACCAAGAUAAACACAUGUCUUUGCCAGUUACGACUAUAGAUUAUUCCAAAACUGUAAUUAAAGAACCAGUUGAUAUGACAGUUUCUCAUUGUAAAACCAAAGAUUCAGAUCUAUACUGUACUUCAAAUGACAACAACCCUUCUUUGCGUCAUUCUGAAGCUGAAAAGAUUGAGCCUUCGGUUAUGAAGAUUUCUUCAAAUAGCUUUAUGAAUGUGCAUUUGAAAUCAAAAACAGUUAUAUGCGAUAAUAGAAAUCUGACAGAUCAGCACUCAAAAUUUGCACGUGAAGAAUAUAAGCAGAGCGUUGGUAGCACCAGUUCAGCUUCUGUUAAUCAUUUUGAUGACAUAUAUCAACCGAUAGAGAGUUCAGGCGUUGCUUCAUCUCUUCAGAGUCUGCCACCAGGAGUAAAAGUGGACAGUUUAACUCUCUUACAAUGUGGAGAGAAUGCAUCUCCAGUUUUGGAUGCUGUGCUGAAGAGUAAAAGCACAGAGUUUGUAAAGCAUGCAGAGAAAGAAACCAUCAUAGAAGUAGGUAGCGGCCUUCCUGAUUCAGGAAGGGGAUUUGCCUCUUGGGAAAAUAGGCAUAAUAAUGGGCUCUCUGGGAAAUGUGUGCAAGAGGCUCAAGAAGAAGGGAAUUCCAUAGUGCUUGAGAGAAGAGGAAGGUCAGAAAUGUCUUUAGAUGAAGAAGGAGGGAGAGGACAUGCUCAUACUUCUGAUGACUCAGAAGUUGUAUUUUCUUCUUGUGACUUGAAUUUAACCAUGGAGGACAGUGAUGGCAUAGCAUACACCUUAAAAUGUGACAGUAGUGGUCACGCCUCAGAGAUCGUAUCCACUGUCCAUGAAGAUUAUUCUGGGUCUUCUGAAAGCUCAAGUGAUGAAAGUGACUCUGAAGAUACAGAUUCUGAUGAUAGCAGUUUUCCAAGAAACCGUCUUCAGUCUGUUGUGGUAGUCCCAAAGAAUUCUACUUUGCCCACGGAAGAAACCAGUCCAUGUUCUUCUCGGAGUAGUCAAAGUUACAGACACUAUUCUGACCACUGGGAAGAUGAGAGAUUGGAGUCGAGGAGACAUUCAUAUGAGGAAAAAUUUGACAGUGUAGCAAGUAAACCUUGUUCUCAGACUGAGAAGUUCUUCCAUCAUAAAGGAACAGAGAAGAAUCCGGAAAUUUCUUUUACACACCCCAGCAGAAAACAGAUAGAUAACCACCUGUCUGAAAUUGUUCAUCCUCAGAGUGACGGGGUUGAUAGUACAAGUCAUACAGAUGUGAAAUCUGACUUUCUAGGUCAUCCAAAUUCUGAAGAAACAGCAAAAGCCAAAAUAGCCUCUAGGCAGCAAGAAGAGCUGCCAGUUUAUUCUUCUGACGAUUUUGAAGACGUCCCGAAUAAGUCUCGGCAACAAACCAUUUUCCCUAACAGGCCAGAUAGUAGACUGGGAAAAACAGAGUUGAGUUUUUCUUCCUCUUGUGACAUCUCCCGAGUGGAUGGCUUCCGCUCAUCAGAAGAGCUCAGGAACCUAGGGUGGGAAUUCUCUCAACAAGAAAAGCCUACGACCACAUAUCAGCAACCUGACAGCAGCUAUGGAGCCUGUGGUGGACACAAGUAUCAGCAAAGUGCAGAACAUUAUGGUGGGACACGUAAUUACUGGCAAGGUAAUGGCUACUGGGAUCCAAGAUCAGCAGGUAGACCUCCUGGAACAGGGGUUGUGUAUGAUCGAAUUCAAGGGCAGGUACCAGAUUCCUUAACAGAUGACCGUGAAGAGGAGGACAAUUGGGAUCAAUGUGCAGGGUCUCACUUUUCAAGCCAGUCCAGUAAAUUUUUUCUAUCCCUUCAGAAGGACAAGGGGUCCGUGCAGGCACCUGAAAUAAGCAGCAAUUCCAUUAAGGACUCUUUAGCUGUGAAUGAAAAGAGAGAUCUUUCAAAAAACUUAGAAAAAAAUGAUAUGAAAGAUAGAGGGCCUCCUAAAAAAAGGAGACCGGAAUUGGAGAGUGAUUCUGAAAGCGAUGGUGAACUUCAGGACAGAAAGAAAGUUCGAGUGGCAGUAGAGCAGGGAGAAACGGCAGUGCCCCCAGGCUCAGCACUGGUUGGGCCUUCCUGUGUCAUGGAGGAUUUCAGGGACCCACAGCGAUGGAAAGAAUGUGCCAAGCAAGGGAAGAUGCCCUGUUACUUUGAUCUGAUUGAAGAAAAUGUUUAUUUAACAGAAAGAAAGAAGAAUAAAUCACAUCGGGAUAUUAAGCGAAUGCAGUGUGAGUGUGCACCUCUUUCUAAAGAUGAAAGAGCGCAAGGUGAAAUAGCAUGUGGGGAAGAUUGUCUUAAUCGUCUCCUCAUGAUUGAAUGUUCUUCUCGGUGUCCGAAUGGGGAUUAUUGUUCCAAUAGACGGUUUCAGAGAAAACAGCACGCAGAUGUGGAAGUCAUACUCACAGAAAAGAAAGGCUGGGGCUUGAGAGCUGCGAAAGACCUUCCUUCGAACACCUUUGUCCUGGAAUAUUGUGGAGAGGUACUUGAUCAUAAAGAGUUUAAAGCCCGGGUAAAGGAGUAUGCACGAAACAAAAACAUCCACUACUAUUUCAUGGCCCUGAAGAAUGAUGAGAUAAUAGAUGCCACUCAGAAAGGAAACUGCUCUCGUUUCAUGAAUCACAGCUGUGAACCAAACUGUGAGACUCAAAAAUGGACUGUGAACGGACAACUGAGGGUCGGGUUUUUUACCACCAAACUAGUUCCUUCAGGCUCGGAGUUAACAUUUGAUUAUCAGUUCCAAAGAUAUGGAAAAGAAGCUCAGAAAUGUUUCUGUGGGUCAGCUAAUUGCCGAGGUUACCUGGGAGGAGAGAAUAGAGUCAGUAUCAGAGCAGCAGGAGGAAAAAUGAAGAAGGAGCGAUCUCGUAAGAAGGAUUCAGUGGAUGGAGAGCUAGAAGCUCUGAUGGAGAAUGGUGAGGGUCUCUCUGAUAAAAACCAGGUGCUCAGCUUAUCCCGGCUAAUGGUUAGAAUUGAAACUUUGGAGCAGAAACUUACCUGUCUUGAGCUCAUACAGAACACACAUUCACAGUCUUGCCUGAAGUCCUUUCUGGAACGUCAUGGGCUGUCUUUGUUGUGGAUCUGGAUGGCAGAGCUAGGUGAUGGCCGGGAAAGUAACCAGAAGCUUCAAGAAGAGAUUAUAAAGACUUUGGAACACUUACCCAUUCCUACUAAAAAUAUGUUGGAGGAAAGCAAAGUACUUCCAAUUAUUCAACGCUGGUCUCAGACCAAAACCGCCAUUCCUCCGUUGAGUGAAGGAGAUGGGUAUUCAAGUGAGAAUACGUCACGUGCUCACACACCACUCAACACUCCUGAUCCUUCCACCAAGCUAAGCACAGAAGCUGACACAGAUACCCCCAAGAAGCUCAUGUUUCGCAGACUUAAAAUUAUAAGUGAAAAUAGCAUGGACAGUGCAAUAUCUGAUGCUACCAGUGAGCUGGAAGGCAAGGAUGGCAAAGAGGACCUUGACCAGUUAGAACACGUCCCUGUAGAAGAAGAGGAAGAGUUACAGUCACAACAGCUACUCACACAACAGCUGCCUGAGUCUAAAGUUGAGAGUGAAAUCGCCAUGGAAGCCAGUAAGCUACCCAUAUCUGAACCAGAGGCUGAUGCUGAAAUAGAGCCUAAAGAGGGCAAUGGCACGAAACUGGAAGAAACUAUUGCUGAGGAAACACCAUCCCAAGAUGAAGAGGAGGGUGUAUCUGAUGUGGAGAGUGAGAGGAGCCAGGAACAGCCAGAUAAAACAGUAGAUAUAAGUGAUUUGGCCACCAAGCUCCUGGAUAGUUGGAAAGACCUAAAGCUUCUCAGGGCAGCAAGGAGCUUGUUAACAUCACCAGCUGACCAUGUGUCUCCUUUUCUCAACUCCAUUUUCAACUUCGUGCUGAAGAAAAACGAGAACCUAGCGUGCAUUCUGUGAAGAAACAGGAAGAUGGUUGGGAAGUUGGAUGAUGCAUGAAAAAUAUAAUAGGUGAAAAGAGGACAGAGGUGGUUAACUCACUGGCGCCGGCGUUAUUUUGGUGCGUCCAUUGCCGACAAUGGAUGUCGUUCCGGGAAAAUCCCGACUCCUGGCGAGAAAGGAUUAAGUGAGCUACUUUUUCUAUACCUCUAUACACAGGACUGCUGCCAUGGCUCCACAGGGCUUGCACAUUUUGACUCCUAAAGUAGACCUAAACAAGAAACAUCACCUAACACAUUGCUACUACACAUGAGCAUGUAUUUUCAUGUGCAAAUUUAUCGGGCUACAUUUUCAGCAGGGACAUGUGCGUAUAUUUCUAUUUGCAAAAGGAAUUACUGUACAUCACCCCUCAUGCUGAAAAUAUACCCUAGACUUCACAGGGCAAAACAGUUGGUUUUAAGUGGUCAUUGAUUAUAACUUGACUGGAAAAUCCUCAUUCAUUUGGAUCAUGAGAAGAGGAGGUAAGGUUCCUGUGAAUUUGGCAGUUUUUUUUUCCAGUAGAUUAUGAUGGCUAGUGAAACCCAGUAGAUUAUGAUGGCUAGUGAUUCCAGAGCCUCUCUUGUAAACACUUAGACUGCAGGAUAUGCAUCUCUCCUUAUAAUGAAAUCUGGGUAGUUACAGUUACACCUGGUUAACAUGAUUUAGGGGCACCAUUCUGUACAUGUGAUAAGUUGGACUAUUCUUAAUAAUACUCUUCUUCAUGUUUAUGUCAAGACUAUCUUUAAUUCAACAAACAUAUUAUUUGCCUAGAAAGUUAAGCAUUAAACUCUUUACAGAAAGUUUAAAUAAAACAUAGGGUUACUCAGCUGAAAACGUUUAAGUCACUACUUGGAAUUUCAGUCUGUAACUGAUAUCCUAUGUGGAAUCUGCUAUGCAACAUUUCAAAAUGAAAUUAUGUACCCUGGGUUUCUGUAAUAAAUUUCAAAAUCUUUCAUAGCGAUUAUUCUGUAUUCAUAAGGAUCAAUAUUAUCCUUUCCUUUAAAAUAUAUUUUUUUUAACAUUUAUUUAUUUUUGAGAGAGAGAGAGAGACAAAGCACAAGCAGGAAGGGGCAGAAAGAGAGGGAGACACAGAAACUGAAGCAGGCUCCAGGCUCUGAGCUGUAAGCACAGAGUCUGACACAGGGCUCCAACCCGUGAACCAUGAGAUCAUGACCUGAGCCCAAGUUGGAUGCUUAACUAACUGAGCCACCCAGACGCCCCUCCUUUAAAAUUUAGAAUUGCCCCCAAAGAAGCAGUCUUAGAUACUGCUACAUUGAAAGUUUUUUUUUUUUUUUUUUUUUUUUAAGUUUAUUUACUUAUUUUGAAAGAGAGAGAGAGAGUACGUGCGGGGCAGAGCAGAGGGGAAGAGAGAGAGAAUCCCAGAUAGCAGGCUCCGCACUGCUAGUGGGGAGCACCGUGUGGGGCUUGAACCCACAAACCGUGAGAUCAUGACCUGAUCCAAAAUCAAGAGUUGGCCUCUCAACCAACUGGGUCGCUUAGGCGCCCCAAAGUUUGUUUUACAAGUAUCAGACUUAGUAAAAGGCAAAAAUGGUCUAAAGCUUAUUAGUAGUCCAUUUUGUUAUUACUGGAUAGGUCCUUUAAUCUAAAUCAUGGCUUGGCUAUAUCUGUCCCACUGCUUGUUUUUGUAAAGAUUUUUGGGAACACAGCCAUGCUCAUUCAUUUACAUACUGUCUGUGGCUGCUUUUGCACUGUGGUAAAGUUCAGAGUCUGGCUGCUUGAAACAUUCUGAUUUUGAGUGAAGUCAUUUUGAUACUUUAUUCUUUUGGAUGAACUCUUAAUUCUGUUUCCCUAAAGACAUGAUGAUUAUGGUUCUAUAGCUCAUGAAGUUAGUUUGAAAAAAAAAAAAAAAAGUCUUGACUCUGUUUGGGAAAAGUUACUUUAAAUAAUUUGGAUGUAAGGCUGUCUGAGAAGUGGGAGAGAAGAGACCUUUACGCAAUGUUGUUUUUCCCUCAGGACCAUGAUCAGGUUAGUUGGAAACUUAAGGGAGGUUUUGAGUAUAGAUAAGUUGGUGCAAUCUAGUCUUACGUGUAACCAUAAUAAAAUGUAUAAAUUUUUCUUAAUAUUCCUUUUACUUUUGAUGUGAUUUCAGACUUAUAGGAAAACUGCAAGGAUACUAUUCUGUGUAUGUAUUCUGUAUGUGAUACACAUUCUAGUGACAAAUGUAGAAAAAAAGCUAAAAAUUCCUCUUAUUCCUCCACCCAGAUUCCCCAAUGUUAACAUUUUACCAAAUAUGCUUUAUCAUUUUCUCUUAAAAUAAGUUACAGAUGUGACAUCCAUUUCCCCUAGAUAUUUUAGUGCAUAUUUUAUAAAAACAAGGAUAUUAUUCCAUAUGACUGCAGUAUAUUUGUUAAAAUCAGCAGAUUAGUGACAAAAUACUGUUAUCUGACCAACAGAUUUCCUUCAGACUUUGCCAAUUGUACCCAUAAUGUCUAUAGCAAGAAAAAAAAAUCUGAUCCAGAAUUGGAGCUAAAGUGUUAUGUUGGGUUGUAUCUCUCUAGUAUCCUUUAAUCUGGAAUAGUUCCUAAGUCUAUCUUUGCUUUUUAUACAUUUCAAAUUUUUAAAAUAUUUUGAAAUUUUUUAGAAUAUUCCUCAUUUGGGGCUUGUCUGAAGUUUUCUUUUGGGUUCAGGUUAUACAUUUUUGUCUGGAAUAGUAAGGAGUAUCCUUCACAUGAUGUUUAUUUGUUCCACUAUUGGCACUGUCAACUCCAAUCCCUUGGUUAAAGUGGCGUCUGCCAGGUUUUCCAACAUAAAGUUACUGUUUGAUCCUUAUCAUUAAAAAUUAUCCUAUAGGAGCACCUUUGGAAGUGUGUAAAUAAUCUGCUUUUUAUCAGAUUUAUUCAUUAGUUUCAACAUCCAGUGAAUUUACCCAAAUCACUUAACAGCUGUGAUGGUUGCCAAGUGGUGAUUUUCUAACCCCUCAUUCCUUCUGCUCCCCUCUGUUUUGGUUGUAGCCCUCUUGUAAGCAAGAGCUUUUCCUGCUCUCCCAUGUAGUUCUGUAUUCAUUGAUUUUUAUCAGUUUAGGCUCAUGCAUUCUCAUUUUUUUAUUAUUUUUUUAUUUUAAUUCUCUAUUAAACAUUCUUCCAAAGCAUUAUUUUACCCUGUAUCUUACAGUUAUAAGAAAUAACAUUGGCAUUAGAAAAACUAGGAAGAACGAUAAAUGUUUCCUUCUUCUAUAAAGAAAGAAAAUUAUAACAAAGGACAGAGCUUUACACAUUUAGUUAAAUAGGAGAUUCUGAUUUGAAAACUGCAUCUCAGAGCAAACGUGUAUUUGCUCAGUUAUUACUAUUUUCAGUUUUUUUUAAUGUUUGAGAGAGAGCAGGGGAGGGCAGAGAGAGGGAGUGAGAGAAGGCUUCAUGCUGUCAGCACAGAGCCCAGUGUAGGGCUUGAUCUUAUGAAACUGUGAGAUCAUGACCUAAGCCAAAAUCAGGAGUUGGACACUCAACCAAUUGACCCAUCCACAUGCCCCUGUUCAAUUAUUUUUUAACAAAAAUACUUAUUUUUCAAGAAGGAAACCCAGUACAAUUUUUUUAUUUUAAAAAUAGUCCUGCAUUCAGCUAUAGUUCCCCCCGGCCCCCGCCAAGCUCUGAUCAGAUUUAUUUUGAUUUGGGAAAAGUUUUCUUUUAAACAUCCCAGUACAGAACUUUUAAAACUAUUAAUAGAAAAUAAAUGAAGAACAUUAAGUGCACAACACUAAUUACUGGCGAGGUACUGGUAUUCUGUUUCUUCCCUGCUUCUCCCAAGAAAACCUUAAAUUGAAUCUUCAGCAGAAUGAUCCUUAAAUAUACUUUAUAAAAAAUGAGAGCUUUUGUUUAUAUAACUUUUAGAUUUUGUUCUUCCUAAUUUUAUUCUGAAACUCAAUUUUAUGCCAAAUCAUAUUAGCUUUGUAAUGUACACUUGUAUGCAGUUCAGCAAAGCAGUAGUAUACCUCAGGCUCUGUUCCCCCAGAGUUUAGGAAAAACAGAAUUGGUCACAGGCAUGUAUUGAUUGAUUGAAUGAUUGAUUGAGCAUGUGUGUACACACCUGUGUGAGAUGGAGAAGGGCAGAGGGGGAAAGAGAAUGUUAAGCAGGCUCCACACUCAGCACAGAGCUCAGUGCAGAGCCUGAUGCAGGACUCGUUCCACAACACUGGGAUCAUGACCUGAGCUGAAAUCAGGAGGCCGGCACUUAACCAACUGAGCCACCAGGCGCCUGGGUCACAGCCAUUAAAAACCAAUCUAAGGGCACCUGGCUGGUUCCCUUAGUAGAGCAUGUGACUCUUUUUUUUUUUUUUUUUUUUUUUUAAGGCUUAUUUAUUUUGAGAGAGAGAAUGCAUGAAUUGGGGAGGGACAGAGAAAGAGAGAGAGAGAGAGAGAGAGAGAGAGAGAGAGAGAGUGAGUCAGUCCCAUGCAGGCUCCACACUGUCAGCACAGAGCCCAAUGCGGGGCUUGAACUCAUGAACUGUGAGAUCAUGACCUGAGCCGAAAUCAAGGGUCGAACGCUUAACUGACUCAGCCACCCGGGCGCCCUGAGCAUGUGACUCUUAAACUCAGAGUUCUGUGUUCAAGCCCCAUGUUGGAUGUGGAGCAUUAAAAAAACAUUAAAAAAAAUAAAAAAAUUAAAAAAGCCAUUAAAAACAAAUCUCACACUGUUUGCCAGUGUGUAAUUUCUAAGUUCUGACAAUGAAAUAUAUGGAUAUAAAUCUGUAUAUCUCAUCUUUAGUUUUCAAAGGUAGGCAGAGGGGAUUCCUCACAGUUUAGUUUUGCUCGGCUGAAACUGAAGACUUUGUAACUUCAUAGCCAGUGAUUGCCAGUGAUUUUCAAUUUGCCUUGAAAGAAGGCCAACUGAGGAUUAAUUUUACCAGUCAUUAAAGCCAGCAAGUCCAGGUCAGCCAUUGGGACUCUGCAGUCAGCCUUCUUAUCUGAGUUAGGAAGCACUGAACUGCUGUUCGUCACAUCCACCACCCUGGUGGCUUCUUUACCUCCAGGGCCAUCCUUUACCUUGAAGGCAGAAAUACUACCAAUUUCUUCACAAACUGUUCCCCUUCCUCUUUAAGCUUCUUUUCAGUCUCCUUGAAGACAAGAUUUGCCUUAAAUCUACCAACUGGGGCAGCCUUAAUUUGAUGAGUUCUAAAAGAACCAGCAGCUUCAGGAAAACCCAUCUUGUACAGUGUGACAACCACAACUCCUACAGUGCCUAAAUUAUGCUGCAGAGCCUCCUGGGUUCUUGUUUUAUUCAGUGAAUUAUCCAUUAAUUUUGUUAUUUAUUUGCUUAAGUUGUCCCUUGUUUGGCCAGUGUGAGAGACCCUUUAGGUUCCCUUCUGUGUGAUUUUGACAGGUUGCCGUCAGUUUUUUAACCUGGAACAACAUGCUAUUCCAGGCUUAUCUUGCACUUUCCCUUACCCAGCCCUGGAAUCGGCCAUUUGUCCAAUAAACUCUGCUUUCUAUGAUGUGAAGUGAGAUUGAGAAACCAAGAUCUGGAGGCACCUGGCUGGCUCAGUUGGUUACCUGUCUGACUCUUGAUUUCAGCUCAGGUCAUGAUCUCAUGGUUUGUGAGAUCAAGCCCCUGGUCCUGACAGUGCAGAGCCUGCUUGGGAUAUUCUCUUUCUCUCUCUCUGUGCCCCUCCCCUGCAUGCUUGCUUGCUCUCUUUCUCUCUGAAACAAACAAACAGAAACUCUUAUUAAGAAACCAAGAUCUGGGCUCUAGAUGAAGUCAUUGCUACUGGGGCAUUGCUUGUAGGGGCUGUCACCAGACGGUAUCUAUACGUACAUAUGCAUAUGUGUAUUUCUCUGUAUGAGUAAAUGUGUGAACACAUAAUGUACUCAACCUGUCGUUUCUCUCGCCUUCCUUCUGUUAAUCUGAGACCACACCCUUGUCUGAAUCAUUUGGAUUUCCCUGUGAUUUUCACUAUUCUGCCUAUCCCUCAAAAGGUGGUAUUUCUUGCAGCACCUGAGAUUUCUUUUGUCCUACAUGUUAAAUAGGUCACAUUGUCUUCUCAUUGCCAUUUUUAAUUCAGGCUCCUGUCAUUUCUUGCUUAGACUGUUGGAACAGCCUCCUGUUUGUCCUUCUUGCUCCCAUUCCUCCCUCCCUUCAUAUUUUCCUUUAUAUGCUAUCGUGUUAUCUUUUUAAAAACAUAGAUGUGAUCUGGGUCGCCUGGGUGGCUCAGUUGGUUAAGCAUCCGACUCUUGAUUUUUGGCUCAGGUCAUGCUCUCAUGGUUCGUGAGUUAGAGCCCCACGUUGGGCUCCACACUGAAAGUGCAGAGCCUGGUUGGGAUUCUCUGUCUCCCUUUCUCUCUGCCCCUCCCCUGCUCGUAUUCUCUGUCUCUGUCUCUCUCUC